CGUCAAAUGGUUCCACAGUAUCAUCAGCGUGAACCAUCAGCUGCCCAGCCUCGACACCAUCUUGUAUCCAGGCUCCUCGCGUCCGAACCCCUACCUGAUGGCGGUGUACCCGGACGAGAGCUACAUGCAGCAGGUGGUGGGCCGCUCCCUGCACCACUUCGCCGCGAACCGGCCGGGCCCCGUCAGCUUCCUCGCCAGCUACCAGCCCUACCACUACAUCCUCGACGGCCGCGCCGCUCAAGAGUUACAGCAGUUUUUCGCACAAGAGCCACCGCCUUAUUUGAAAGAUUUCUCGGCUCGCAUCUACAUGUACGAGGAGCUCCGCGAUGAGAUCCUGUUCCUGCGCCGUGACAUCCCUCUCAACAUGGUGAUGCUGGACUGCGCCCCCGUCAACGACUGCAUGUGGGACGCCGUGGACGGCCUGCGACGUCACAUCGUUGACCACUUUAUCGCCGUCAACAGAAAAUGGAAUCGAGACAUCUGCAACGUGUACGAGGAGAUGGCAGCGCGCGCGUCGGAGAGCCCGGAGACGACAGCGCAGCUGGUGGAGCUGAUUGGCUACAUCCAGGACUGCCGCGACUGCGCCAUGUUCGACUUGCGCGAGAAGGCACGCACCACGGCUGAAUAUGUGCUGUUCUUGAUGCAGCACGCGCAUCUGCACUUUGAAGAUGUAAAUUUAAACACCCGUGUGUUUCUGUGGCCGCUCGACAUGGACGAGACCAUAGACUUGACGCUUAAAACUCUCAAUACGAAAAAAACCAUGGCCGAAGACAAACUGAGGAGCAGAAAAGCUAUAUUUGAAGAACAACUCAAAAAACAUGAAAAGGAUUUGGAGGUGUUCCGCAGAUUCGACCCUCCGUUGCUCAACGUGGACUUGCUCCGAGAGGUCGUCGGAAAGGUCGACGAGAUAUUCAAUAAUCUAAUGGAAGACAAGCACGAAGCGGACGACAUCAUAAACGAGGAGCAGCUGCUGGAGCAGGACGUGUCGGUGUACUACAGUCUGCAGACGAUGCUGGCGGGCAUCGAACCCUUCCACAAACUCUGGCACACUGCGUACGACUUCUACGAAGGAUACGAGAGAUGGUAUCACGGUCCUUUCCUCGGGCUGGACGCGGAAACGAUAUCGGAGGAUGUGGAAGCUUGGUGGAAGUUACUAUAUAAACUCGGCAAACAGUUGUUUGAAUACCCCGGAGCGAAGAGGAUCGCGGACAUGGUGCGGAACAAGCUCGAGAAGUUCAAAGUAUUGUUGCCUGUCCUCUGCGCAAUCUGCAACAAGGGAAUGCGGGAUCGUCACUGGGCCCGCAUCAGCGAACUAGUGGGGAUAGAGGUGAUCCAUGACCCAGAAACAACAUUGGCUGACAUGGUGGAACAAGGAGUACACGUAUUCGCAACUCAACUCGAGGAAAUAGAACAGUAUGCAUCCAAAGAAUAUGCGCUCGAGAAAGCGCUCACUAAGAUGAAAGAUGAAUGGGUCGGAGUAAAGUUCGAAGUGGUGCCCUACAGGGACACUGGAGUCGGCAUACUAACUGGCUUAGAUGACAUACAACAGCAAUUAGAUGACCACAUCUUGAAAUCGCAAACGAUGCGUGGCUCACCUUAUGUGAAAGCGUUUGAAGCGGACAUGGUGUCCUGGGAAGAGAAGCUCAUCAGCAUGCAAGACAUCCUGGAUCAAUGGUUGCAGUGUCAAGCGACUUGGAUGUAUCUGGAGCCUAUAUUUUCAUCAGAGGAUAUAAUGCGUCAAAUGCCGACCGAGGCUCGCAAUUUCCGCGACGUGGACAAGGAGUGGCGUACCAUAAUGGCGGCCACACAGAAGGAGCCCAUGGUCCUCCCGGCGACAGACUACCCCGCACUGCUGAAAAAGCUGAAGUACAACAACUGCUUAUUAGAGGAUAUUCAGAGAGGUCUCAAUGAUUAUUUGGAAAAGAAGAGAUUGUUCUUCCCGCGAUUUUUCUUCUUGUCCAACGACGAGUUGUUAGAGAUCCUCUCCGAAACCAAAGAUCCGAUGAGGGUACAGCCUCACCUGAAGAAAUGUUUCGAAGGCAUUUACACGUUAGAAUUUAAUGCAGCCAGAGAAAUCAUUGGAAUGGCCUCUGCAGAAGGCGAAGUGGUCAAAUUGUCUUCAACUAUUCAACCGGCGGAUGCUAAGGGCAUGGUGGAGCGCUGGCUGCAGCAGCUGGAGCAUCAGAUGGUCGUGAGCCUCAGAGACGUGGCAGCCGAGGCCAUCGCGGCAUACAGCACGGCGGUGCGCGAGGAGUGGGUGCUGAGCUGGCCCGGACAGAUAGUGCAGUCCGGCUCCUGCGUGCAGUACACCGCCGCGGCUAUUGAAGCGAUACAAGCGAACAGUCUGCCAGAGUUGGUGGAGCUCAGCACUAAGCAGAUCACAGGGCUGGUGUUCUUGGUUCAAGGCGAUCUAGAACCUGGGAACCGCAUCACUGUCGAAGCUCUCAUCGUCAUAGAUGUCCACGGACGUUCGAUAUUAGAAGAGAUGGUCAGUCGGCGCGUCAGCAACACGUCGGACUUCAACUGGAUAUCGCAGCUGCGGUACUACGCGCGUGGGGACCGCAUGACGUGCGCGAUGAUCACCACGGACGUGGAGUACGGCUUCGAGUACCUCGGCAACACCGGCCGCCUGGUCGCCACGCCGCUCACCGACCGCUGCUUCAGGACCCUCAUGAGUGCCUUGAAAUUGAAUUUAGGCGGUGCUCCUGAAGGUCCAGCGGGCACUGGCAAGACUGAAACCACUAAAGACUUAGCCAAAGCCGUGGCUAAGAAGUGCGUCGUGUUUAAUUGUUCCGACGGACUAGAUUAUAAAGCGCUCGGAAAAUUCUUCAAGGGCUUGGCUCAGUCCGGUGCAUGGGCGUGCUUCGACGAGUUCAACCGCAUCGAACUAGAAGUGUUGUCGGUGGUCGCCCAGCAGAUCCUCUCCAUACAGCUCGCCAUACUGCGCCGUGAGAAACGAUUCAUCUUCGAAGGCACCGAGAUCAGUCUAAACCCCACUUGCUCGGUUUUCAUCACAAUGAAUCCUGGAUAUGCCGGACGUACCGAGCUACCGGACAACCUCAAGGUAUUGUUCAGAACGGUCGCUAUGAUGGUGCCUGACUACGCCAUGAUCGGUGAGAUCACUCUUUACUCGAACGGAUUCGUCAACGCCGGACCACUAGCACGUAAGAUAGUGCAGGCAUAUAAAUUGUGCUCGGAGCAGUUGUCCUCGCAGAACCACUACGACUACGGCAUGCGGGCGGUGAAGUCGGUGCUGCUCGCCUCCGGGACGCUCAAGAAGAACUAUCCGGAGCAGGAGGAAGCACGACUCGUGUUGCGCGCUAUCAUCGACGUGAACAUGCCCAAGUUUCUAUCCCAAGACGUGCCUUUGUUCGCGGGAAUCUAUUCAGAUUUGUUCCCUGGCGUGGAGAUUCCGCAGCCGGACCGAAACGAACUCCUCAGUUGCAUCAACAAAGAACUUGACAAACGGAACCUGCAGCCGACGGACUGGUAUCUGGAGAAAAUUAUACAAAUAUACGAGAUGAUGCUGGUGCGACAUGGAUUCAUGAUCGUGGGCCCUCCCAUGGGCGGCAAGACACAAGCCUACCAGAGCUUGGCCGAUUCCCUUCGCGCGCUCCAACUCAUGAAGCCGCCUCCGAGACAUAAGGAAUUUGGUGCAAUCUACCGCAUCAUCAACCCAAAGGCUAUCACCAUGGGACAACUGUACGGCUGCUUCGAUCCUGCAUCGCACGAAUGGUCGGACGGGGUGUUAGCGAUAGCGUUCCGUGAGUACGCGACAUCGUUGACGCGCGACCGCAAGUGGAUCCUGUUCGAUGGUCCGGUGGACGCGGUCUGGAUCGAGAACAUGAACACCGUGCUCGACGACAACAAGAAGCUCUGUCUCAUGAGCGGAGAGAUCAUACAGAUGACAAAUAAAAUGAAUCUGAUAUUCGAGGCGGCGGACCUGGAGUUCGCUUCUCCGGCGACCGUUUCUCGCUGCGGCAUGAUCUACAUGGAACCAGAACAACUAGGAUGGCGCGCCUUCUUGUCAUCUUACAACACGCAACUGAGCAAACGGCUGAUUCCGGAGCAGUUCGAUCUGAUCCAGGAGCUGGUGGAGUGGCUGCUGCCUCCUGUGCUGGACUUCCUCUCGCAGCGCUGUCGACACUUCGUAAACGUGGGAGACAUACACCAAUUCCAUUCAUUCACCCGACUGUUCACCUGUCUACUGGAAGGAGAGGCUCAGUUCAGUACAGUGUGGCUGCAGUGCACCUUCGUGUUCGCGUUGGUCUGGGGACUCUGUGCUACUAUCAACGGAGAAAGUCGGAAGUCAUUCGAUGUCUUCUUCCGAAAACUUCUGGACGGAAACAACGCCGCUUUCCCGAAACCGAAAUCAUUUAAACUGACGAAGAACCAGCUGUUCCAAGACAAAGACACAGUGUUCGACUACGUGUACGACAAGAGAAACAACGGAACGUGGAUACCCUGGAUGGAGCUCGAGAAGGAGCUCCCUCUGUCUCCUACCGCAAAGGUGAAUGAUUUGAUAAUCCUAACAAAUGAGAACGCGUGCUUGCGAUUCUUCGUGUCGAAGAUGGUCAAGUCUAAGAUCCCAAUCUUGCUGGUCGGCCCUACCGGUACUGGGAAGUCCUCUUUGGUUCUCAACUUCCUCUUGUCGCUACCUAAGGAGAAGUAUAUCACGAACACCAUCAACUUCUCCGCUCGAACGACUGCGAACCAGACGCAAGAUAUAAUCAUGUCUAAGGUCGACCGGCGUCGCAAAGGUGUGUUCGGUCCAUCUAUGGGCAAAAAGUGCGUGUUGUUCGUGGACGACCUGAGCAUGCCCCAGAAGGAGCAGUACGGCGCGCAGCCCCCGCUGGAGUUGCUGCGGGAGUGGAUCGACCACGGACACUGGUACGACCUCAAGGAGAUGGUGCGCCAAGAAGUGGUCGAUGUGUUGUUGGUGUCUGCGAUGUUGCCCCCGGGCGGCGGCUCGAACCUGAUCUCAUCUCGUCUGACGCGCCACAUGCUGCUCAUCACGCUCGAUUCUUUCGAAGACAACACGCUCAACAAGAUAUUUGGCACCAUCAUGGACUGGCACCUCUCCAAGGGAUUCGUCGAGUCCCUCAUGAGACAGAGCAAGAGCGUGGUGUCCGCGACGAUGGAGGUGUACAAGGCGGCGACGGUUCAGUUUCUACCGACGCCGAGCAAGUGCCACUACUUGUUCAACUUGCGGGAUUUCGCACGCGUCAUCAAGGGCAUACUGCUGGUUCCUUCCACUCACAUGAAGGACCUCAAUAAACUAGUCGUGCUGUGGAUACACGAGACCUACCGCGUCUUCUACGACCGGCUUGUCGAUGACACUGACAGACAGAAGUUGUUUGAGGUGGUGUACAAGGCGGUGUACGGGCACUACCGCGUGCACAUGGACCAGGUCAUGGCGGAGCUCGGCUACGUGCCCGAGGGAGAGAAGCUCGCCAACAAGCAUGCCGCUAAUAUCUUCUUUGGAAACUACAUGGAGCCCGAUGCCGACCCCAAGAUUUAUGACCAGGUGACUGACUUAGAAGACAUGGCCGUGAAGAUGGAGUACUACCUAGAGGAGUACAACGUGGUGUCAUCGUCUCCGAUGUCGCUGGUGAUGUUCCGUUACGCGCUGGACCACAUCUCGCGCUGCGCCAGGGUGCUGCUGCAGGACAACGGGAACUUGCUCCUGGUCGGCGUGGGCGGCAGCGGCAGAAGCAGCGCCGUUAAGUUAGCCGCCAGUAUCCUGGAGAUGAACGUUAUCCAAAUAGAAAUAUCGAAAGUGUACGGUGUGAGCGAGUGGCGCGACGACGUCCGCAAGCUGCUGAUGAAGGCCGGCCUGCUCGGGCGCCCGCUCGUCUUUCUCUUCGCCGACAACCAGAUAAUGUACGAGGGUAUGGUGGAAGACAUCAACAUGCUGCUCAACACCGGGGACAUCCCCAACCUGUACGGCAUGGACGAGAAGGUCGAGAUCCUGGACAAAAUGCAGGCCGCCGUCAGGGAAGCUGGUAAAAAAAUAGAGACGAGUCCACUGGCAAUGUUCGGAUACUACGUGGAGCGCGUCAAGGCGAACCUGCGCAUCGUGAUGGCCAUGUCGCCCAUCGGAGACUCCUUCCGCAACCGUCUGCGCAUGUUCCCGUCGCUCAUCAACUGCUGCACCAUCGACUGGUUCACGGCGUGGCCCCCGGAGGCGCUGGAGCGCGUGGCGUGCAUGUUCGUGUCGCGCAUGCCGAGCGUGGACGAGGAGGAGCUGCGCGCCGCCUGCGUCACCAUGUGCCAGCUCUUCCACACGAGCGUCGUGCAGCUCAGCGACAGGUUUUACUCUGAACAAAAGCGUAAAGUGUAUGUCACGCCGACGAGCUACUUGGAACUGAUCAAAUCUUUCCAAAAUUUAUACGCUAUGAAGGUCGACCAGAUCAUAAAGUCCCGAACUAGAUACGAGACUGGAUUGGAACAAUUGGACUUCGCAGCCAGCCAAGUCGCAGUGAUGCAGCAAAACCUAAUCAACUUACAACCGCUUUUGGUGGAAACAUCAGACAAGACUGAGAAACUCAUGAUUAAAAUAGAACAGGACACGGUUGUUGUUGAAAAACAAAAAGAGAUUGUAGGGGCAGACGAAGCCCUGGCCAACGAAGCCGCUGCAGCAGCACAGGCCAUCAAGGACGACUGUGAGUCAGAUUUGGCUGAAGCCGUGCCUGCGCUCGAAGCUGCCUUGAACGCUCUCAAUACUCUCAAACCUGCCGACAUCACACUGGUGAAGAGUAUGAAGAACCCGCCUGCCGGAGUCAAACUGGUCAUGGAGGCCGUCUGUGUCAUGAAGGGAAUCAAGGGAGAUAGGAAAAUGGAUGCUAAUGGAAAACCAUACGAAGAUUUCUGGGGUCCAUCACAGAAGAUGCUGGGUGACAUGAAGUUCUUAGAAAGUUUAAAGAAUUACGAUAAAGACAACAUUCCGACAACAGUAAUGAAAAAAAUCAGAGACAAGUACAUACCGGACCGUGAGUUUGAUCCUGCCGUCAUAGCCAAGGUGUCGUCAGCUUGCGAAGGGCUCUGUCGGUGGGUCAGGGCUAUGGACGUUUACGAUCGGGUCAUCAAGGUUGUAGCUCCUAAGAAGGCUGCGCUGGCUGAAGCGGAAGCGGAACUGCAAGCCCAAAUGAACACCUUGAACGACAAAAGAGCCCAACUACAAGGAGUGCUCGACAAGUUGCAGGCAUUGAACGACGAAUUUGCGGAGAUGACACGCAAGAAAAAAGGCUUGGAAGACGAGAUAGAGUUGUGCUCCACGAAGCUGUGUCGCGCCGAGCAGCUCAUCGGCGGCCUGGGCGGCGAGAAGGCGCGCUGGACCGAGCUCGCGCGCCAGUUGCAGGAGUUGCUCUCCAACAUUAUUGGUGAUGUGCUGCUGUCUGCUGGUUUUAUAGCAUACCUUGGUCCGUACAGCGUCAACUAUCGAAGAGAAAUUAUACAAGUUUGGAACGCCAGAGCGAAAGAACUCAACAUCCCGUGUUCGGAUUCGUUUUCUCUGAUAUCGACCCUGGGAGAGCCGGUCGUGAUCCGCGCCUGGAACAUCGCCGGGCUCCCCGUCGACGCCUUCUCCAUCGAGAACGGCAUCAUCGUCGAGAGGUCGCGGCGCUGGCCGCUCAUGAUUGAUCCGCAAGAACAAGCAAGCAAAUGGAUAAAGAACAUGGAGCGCGAAAAUCAGUUGAAAGUGAUUAAGCUGACCGACGCGGGGUACGUGCGCGUGCUGGAGAGCGCCAUCCAGCUGGGUCUGCCCGUCAUCCUGGAGAACGUGCGCGACAAACUCGACGCCGUGCUGGAGCCAGUGCUGCUGAGGAACGUCUACAGAUCUGGCGGUAUGGAUUGUUUGAAGCUGGGCGACAACGUAUUGGAGUACAACUACGACUUCCGCUUCUACAUCACGACGAGGCUGAGCAACCCCCAUUAUUUGCCCGAAAUUGCUGUCAAAGUGACCCUCUUAAACUUCAUGAUAACUCCGCAAGGACUACAGGAUCAGCUGCUGGGGAUCGUGGUGGCGCAAGAUCGACCCGAACUAGAGCUGAAAAAGAAUCAACUCAUUGUUGAAGGAGCCACGAACAAAAGGACUCUCAAAGAAAUCGAAGAUAAGAUAUUAGAGGUGCUGUCGUCGGCGGGCAACAUCCUGGAGGACGAGUCCGCGAACCAGAUCCUGUCGUCGUCGAAGGUGUUGUCGCUGGAGAUCGAAGCGAAGCAGGCGGCGGCCGGCGUCACGGAGCGCGACAUCGACGCGGCGCGACUGCUGUACGUGCCCGUGUCGCGACACAGCUCCGUGCUCUUCUUCUGCAUCUCCGACCUCGCCAACAUCGACCCCAUGUACCAGUACUCGCUCAACUGGUUCAUAAACCUGUACAACCAAGCGAUAGUCAACUCCCCGAAAUGUGUGAAUCUGGACGAAAGAUUAGAGAGUCUCAACGCGUACUUCACUAGAAGCAUCUACGAGAACGUCUGCCGCAGCCUCUUCGAGAAAGACAAACUCAUAUUCUCGCUUGUGCUCACGCUCGGGAUCCUCAGAGCCAAGGGUGUCAUUGAUGAUGAUUUAGUAGCAUUUCUGCUGACCGGAGGAGUCGCUUUGGAGAAUCCGUAUGAGAAUCCGGCCCCGGCCUGGCUCUCUGAGAAGUGUUGGUCCGAGAUUGUGAGGUGCAGUAAUCUCAACGGGCUGCGUGGUUUUAAGGAAAAUUUUGAAAAUAAGCUGAAAGAAUGGAAGGACUUCUACGACCUCUCAGCUCCACACGAAAGUCCGUUCCCGUCUCCUUAUGACAAGAUUAAAGGGAUCCCUAAACUAAUCAUUUUAAGAUGCAUCCGACCGGACAAGCUGAUCCCGCUGGUGCAGCAGUACGUGACGGAGGAGAUGGGCCGAGAGUACAUCGAGCCGCCGCCCUUCGACCUCGACAAGUCUUACAACGACAGCAACUGCUGCUCGCCGCUCAUCUUCAUUCUGUCCCCCGGCUCGGACCCCAUGUCCGGCCUCGUCAAAUAUGCCACGGAGAAGAAGGUGGUCAGCUUCGAGACUAUUUCACUCGGCCAAGGACAGGGACCGAUAGCAACAAGUAUGAUAAAGUCAGCGCUGACGGUGGGUGGAUGGGUGGUGCUGCAGAACUGUCACGUGAUGGACUCGUGGAUGGGCGAGCUGGAGCGCGUGUGUGCAGAGGUGGUCACGCCGCAGGAUACGCACCCCUCCUUCCGCUGCUGGCUCACCUCCUACCCCAGCAGGGCCUUCCCUGUCACAGUGCUGCAGAACGGUGUAAAAAUGACAAACGAAGCUCCGAAAGGGCUAAAGAACAACAUCUACCGCUCGUACACGUCGGACCCCAUCAGCGAGCCGGAGUUCUACAUCUCGUGCCCGCGCACGGAGGAGUGGCGCCGGCUGCUGUUCGCGCUGUGCUUCUUCCACGGCGUGGUGCAGGAGCGCCGCGCCUUCGGGCCGCUCGGCUGGAACAUCCAGUACGAGUUCAACGAGAGCGACCUGCGCAUCUGCAUCAUGCAGCUCCAGAUGUUCCUCACGGAGUACUCCGAGACUCCCUUGGAGGCGCUGCACUACCUGACGGGCGAGUGCAACUACGGCGGCCGCGUUACGGACGACAAGGACCGGCGCCUCAUACUCUCUCUGCUGACCAUAUUCUACAAUGAAGAGGUCACUUCUAAUCCAGAGUGAGUUCGAUACAGUUGCCUUUGAAAGUAGAGUACCGAUCGAGUCAAUCACCAGUACCUACUGAAUGGGUAGGCACAACCUUGGGUGUGCGAUCAUCAGGAUGCAAUUUGCGCAGCUAUCGCUCAUAGUGCAGUGGCAGGCGAACGGAACGGUGUCUAUGGGAUACAACAGGACCGGGGUCACCUUAACCUAGAUAUUGCUCAGGCGGUCAGUUAAUGAUUAAUCUGAGUUAAGAAUUAAACCGAAGGAUGUUACAGCUAUUCGUUUUCCCCGAGCG